CGAUGACAUGUGGGAUGACGAGGACGGUCGAGUGGUCUGUCGGCAGCUGGGAUUUCCAGGGCUGGACGAACGUUUGAGAGACCUUCCAAUUGGACAGCAAAGUACAAAAUCAGCCACAAGGUUUAAUUGCGACAGAAGUGAUUCUACACUUUCGGAAUGCAGGCACGUCAGUAGUGACAUGAUGUGUGGCUCUGACAAAGGAGCAGGAGUUACAUGCAGUGGUGUGAUUACUGAUGUUCGGCUGGUCAGUGAGCCUUCGCAGCCAAACUCGGGUCGAGUCCAAGUACAAAUCAAUGGCUCCAUUACGUGGAUUGAUGUGUGCGAGAAUGGGUGGGAUGAAGAUGACGGUGGAGUGGUCUGUCGGCAGCUGGGAUUUCCAGGGCUAGCCCAACAUUUGAGAGGCCUUCCAAUUGCCGGACAGCAAAGUAUGGAAUCAGUCAGGAAUUUUAGAUGCCAAGGAAGUGAAUCUACACUUUCGGAAUGUGAGUACCAAAUUGAAGACAUGUGUGGCUCUGACAAAGGAGCAGGAGUUACAUGCAGUGUGAUCACUGAUGUUCGGCUGGUUGGGCCAAUGCGACCACUAUCGGGUCGAGUCCAAGUACAAAUGAAUGACUCAACGUGGAUUGACGUGUGCGAUGAUAUGUGGGAUGACGAGGACGGUCGAGUGGUCUGUCGGCAGCUGGGAUUUCAGGGGCUAUCUGAACGUGUGACACGCCUUGACAUUGGAGAGCGAAGUACAGCAUCAGUCAGGAAUUUUAGAUGCCAAGGCAGUGAAUCUUCACUUUCGGAAUGCUGGCACCAACUUAGAGACAAUAUGAUUUGUGACUCAAACAGAGGAGCUGCAGGAGUUACAUGCAGUGCUUUUCCAACAACCAAACCACCCACCGAAGCGACAACUGCAGUACGUUUAACAGCAGAAAUAACAACCAAGGGAGCAACUUCCCAAGAGCCCGAGCGAACAACACUCAGCAUCGCCGGCACGACCGAAACAGACGAGAUGGGAGGAACCACGGCCAGGGAGUCAGUCCCUUCCGCCCAGACUACGGGAGAAUCCGUCCAAAACUCCCCAGUGACGAUCGGGACCAGAACCGAUGAAACCACGAACCCCGAGCUGACGCGGUCGCCUAACGAGAGAGACGGCACAACGAUCAUAUCCACAGCCGGAGACGGAGGAUCUGAUGCGCGAGGCGGCUCAAAUCCAGGAGCAUACAUUGGCCUAGCAUUAGGAUGUGUCCUCUUCGUCGUGUGCGCUAGCAUUAUUGUCGUCUGUCUUCUGAAAAGACACAAGAGGCAAGACAAACCCACAGUCCCAGCCGCCUUCCAGUCGUCAGCCGGCUUCCAACAACACAGCGCCGUCUACGAUAACUCCCAAGGAUCGAAUCAUCUCAAGAUGCGUGAGCUUGGAAACUCACAGGCCGAGAAGGCCGCUCCUAAACCAGCCGACGACUCAGCAGAAUACGCUUACUGCGCUGUGGAGGGAAGAAAUCUAGAGGUCGAGGCAGGAUACGUUGCUCCUAAUCCAUCACCGGUCAAGACCCCCCAGGAACAUCCGGUGUCUUCAAAACAAAAGCCGAGCAACGAGUUGGCUGGGAAAAUAGCAAAUCCAUGUUACCUAGAACUUGAUGGGAAAAUAGCUCCGGAUGACAAGGCACCGACAUCUGGUCCAGAAUCCGACGACGCGUACUAUUUUAAACUGCAGCCGGACUCGCCUAAACCGGUGACAACUGACCAGGUUGCGGGGGGUACCGACUACUUCACCGUUGAAGAGGGAGGAGACUUGGUCGACAACGGGCAGUACACUACCGGAGUGGUCGGGGAAAAAGCCACACCAGAACCGCCCGGCAACCCAGAUGACGUCGAUGACCACUACUACUCCUACGCCAAACCGGACACCACCAAACAGUCGGAUCCUCCGGAAGACGACGUGUACACGUACGCAGAUGCACCGAUAGAUAGCACCAACAACCUGCCACCAAACACCGACUAUUUCAUGAUUGAGGAAGGGGGUAACUCCAUGGGUUCCCCCCAGCAACCAGCGACGGAGAGCGAGUAUGCCUACGCAGAUCCCACCCAGCUUCGUGAGGAGUCGCCAGACGAAACCGAGGGAUGGGUGGAAAAUAUCGUGUAUGCUGCGGGUCCGUUAAAGUAGUCCAGGCGGCCACAGUCACAAAACCCUACAUAAGUCGCAAGCCAAUUAAAAGUCCUCCAGUCACAAGUUAAGUGAGAAGCUUUUCAAAGUGAAACUUAAACAUCAAUUUCGACAUUAUUUAUAAUGUGACUACUUGUACUUGUUUGAAAUCGACUGAAUGACACUCUGCCCAAUGUGUACAAAGUUGUAUGUAAUGUAAUCUCUGGACAAAUAAUUUGAGAGCUCCCAUCUCCAACAAUGCUUAAGUUCGUUCGGUUUUUGCUUGUAUUAAUAGCAAGUUGGAUUUUAGUUUUCCAAUUGAUGCAAGGCAACAUUUUGUACAAAACAAAUAAAAAGCUCUAUCAAUUUUAGACAGUCAAAGUUAAUAGAUAUCGUCAUCGUUGGUCACGUUUUUUUGAGCAAAUAUAUUAAAAAUCCGAACUUAAAAGCUUUGAAUUCUCCUGUGAACAAAUGGCUGUAUUCGCUUGUAUAAUAUCAUGCUGCGCCGCUGCCGCUGUAUCGAAAAUUAUUGGGGUUUUUUUUAAUAGAAUAAUUAAGGUAUAUGCUAUAUUUUGCUGUACAUUGCCUUUGCGUUAUGCCUUUAUCCAGCAGUACAUAUUGAAUUUUGAUACUUAACUAAUUAUAAGGAAGUCACUAAGUAUAAUUGUGUAUCUAUUGCUUCUUUAAUACUAUACGUUACUCUAUUUUGUAUUAUUACGAUGUAUAAAUCUGUAUUGUCAGUGGAGAGUACAAAACAAAUGUUUCAUGAAUUGAAACAAUUGAAAUAAAAGAUAGAAAAUAGCUACAAAGAAAACCAAUGAUCUUAUCACCAGCGUUAAGACAACGAAGACUUUUUUAUUGAUUCUGAUUGCCUGAUUAUCUUUUGAAAAUUAAAAGUGUAUAAUUUCAGUCGCAAACAUAUUUGUUCCAAAUGAAACACAAAAAUCACAUUGUGACAUGAGUAAUGAUUUGACUGAAUCGCAAUUUAAUCCUUUCUUGUAUUAAGCAUAUAUUAUAUUUCGCAGUACAGUGUCUUUCUACUAUGGUUUUAUCCAGAUGUACAAUUAUAUUUGCUUGAUUAUCUGCUAAAAUAUAAAAUAUAUAUAUAACUUAAACAAUGUUUUUGAUACACAUGUAUACUUUUCCAAUCUGUGGAUAAUGGAUAUUCUUGGUCAUAGGCCUAUUGUUUGUAAAAUGUCCUAAAAUGUAACUUAAAAUAUUUGCGUUUGCUGUAUUUUUCAGAAAUGGAUGGAUUUGGUGGUUAGUGUUU